GUGUAUAUUUAUCUCUUUUGAUAAAACAUUAAGUGCUAUUUUGAUCAUUUUUAUUUUUAGAUGUUAUAUUUGUAACAAAAAAUUUUUUAGGGAUAUCCUAAUUAUUUUUUCGUAUAAGUAUCUUAGUGUUCAAAUUAAAGGAUAUAAAUAAAUAUUUGUCAGAGUUGGUAUUGUUUAGUCUAUCUAAAACUAUAUACUGAGACGAUGUUUCGGUUUAGUUCGGUUUACCGAUAUUGGAUCUUUUCCCAAUAAAUAGUUUACAUAAACUGGUCAAGCCAGCUGCCAGCUGCCAGCAUCCAAGAAGCAAUUUGAAGAACGAAGAUCAUUCUGAAGACUCCUAUGCAAUUCGUCUAAAAUCUUCCGACCCUCACGUAUAUAUCCUUCUGCAUAGCCAAAAAUCACGUAUCUAAUCCUUUUUUCUUUGAUCGCUGUAGUAUUUUAUGGGCCAAACUUUGUUCGAUUUGGAUUACUAUUUAAGGCAUUGUGUUAGAGCAUCCGGGGAGCUGUUGAGAAGUUUCUCAGCUAAUAAAAUCAAUAGGAAACUGAAGAGAGAGAGUAUUCUUUAAGAAGGUAUUUUCUUAACACUCCCUCUGUUCUCAGAAAAAAAAAACUAGAGUAUUCACGCAUAUUAAGAUUAUAAUAAAUAUUUACAAUUGAAUUUAUUAUUUAUUUUACUAUACAUUUUCUAAUAAAUAUCAACCAAUAGUAUUUAACCAAUUCAAAUAUUUUCAAUUAAUAUUUCUUAAAAAUAUACAACUUUUCAACAUUAACUACUAAAAGUACUUUAAAAUUUUAGAAAAUCUAACGCUUUAUAACAAAAAAAUAAAUCUAGAAAAUCUUACUUUCGGGGAACAGAAAAAGUAUUAGUUUAGCUGUUUUUUAUAUAUUUUAUAAUUCAAUUAUCAUUAUUUUGUUUUUCUCAUAAAUUUUCUCACCACUAAAGAUGCUCUUAGAUUCCAAAACCUAAGUUUGUUUAGGUGUAUCAGUUUAUUUUUAGCGUAUUGGUGGUACUCAUUUUCUCGCCUUGACCAACAUAGCUAGGCGCCAUCUACCAUUCAAAUAUACGACUAGGUCAUAUACGUUGUUGCUUAAUUUGAUCUCAAAUUCUAGUUACAAAAUUGAAGUCUUGAUAAUACCUGUAAAACAUUUUUAGGUCUAUUUGUCGAAGUAAUACAUAUUUGUAUAUUUUAAAAUGGACCCUGAGCCUUACUAUUGUAAAUUUGGAAGUGGGCCAUGAGCCUUUCGGCUUGGCCUACCCUAGAGUUGUAUGAUUGUAUUGUAUCUAAUGGAGAAACAAAAGACAAGACGUGAGUUAGACGUAAAUCUAACAUGGAUGUAACAUGGAUGUGAGCAUCCGCAUCAGCGGUUUUAAAGAGGUUCAUGGACUCGGGUUCAUAGGCCCGGAAAUUAGAAAGAAAAUAUUAAAUGGUUUAAAUCGGUGAUCCGGCUCUUGCGAGUGAACCCGUAUGACACGGGUUCAAGCCACGCGUCGAACAGGCAGUGGCCACGCGUUAUCGCGUCGAAUGCGAGAAAAAUAGGGUUUCGCGUGAGAGGAUUCAUUUUCUCUUCUAUUUUCAAAAGCUAGGAUUUCUUUCUCUCAGAGGCGAUUUCUCGUGCGACGCGACAACCGGAGAUUUUCUCGAUCUAAUCGACGUCGGACUCUCUCCUAGACGAUCUCAGAUGGAUCCCGCAGAAGAGAGAAGAGAGACAAAGAGGCAAAAGGAGUUCAUCAAUAUGCAAGGAUACGUGGCUGAUUCAGAAUACGAGAUUCCGACGAGGUGUCCCUGUGGUGGGAGAAUCAUUGACGAGGUUCGGGGGAAGGACGGCUACGACACUCUUUCUGGGAAGCGGUUCUUCACCUGCAAAAACUACGAGGCUGAUGGGUUUCAUUAUCGUCAGCCUUGGGUGAUUGAUGUCCAGGAGCAUAUCGAAUGCCUCACUAAGCGUGUGGAGGAGGUUGAGCUGGUGAUCAAGUGGGUGUCGGAGGUCAAUAAUAAGAUUGAGAGACUGGAGGCAGAGGUUAAAGCCCUCAAUCGGGAGGUUGAUAACCUCACUGGGCAGGUUUAUAACCUCUCUGUGCAGGUCGCGGACUUGGAGAAACUCUGCUUCGACUGAAACACAAAAGGUCACGGGUUGCAAGAGGUGGAUGCGUGUGGACGUGGAUGCUUGUUCUUUAUCUCGGUUUCUUUAGGUAUCAGGUCACGGGUUGCAGGAGGUGGAUGCUUGUAGUAGUAGGUAAUGUCAGUUUGAUUCACGGGAGAGUGUAGAAUUUUGUAUCUUUCUACACUUCUUUUAACUUCAUUGGCUUUAAUGGGUGUAUGUACCUACAGGUUCUGUUUUCUACUCACGGGUGUAUGUACCCACGGGUUCCGUUUUGUACUCACGGGUGUAUGUACCCGAUCAACUUGAUUCACGGAAAUGUAAAAUAUGUCUCUAUAUAUAAAACUAUGUCUCUUACUUCUGUUUGUGCAACUCCUCUUUCACUCCUCUAUAUAUAAAAUGUUGUUUGAUUCUUCUCACAAAACUAUGAUCACUCCACACUAGCUUUGAUUCUUCUCAACCAUCACCACACUUUCAUACACUUUCAUACACUUCUCAACCAUCACCACGAUUCUUCUCGCUAUCACCACACUUUCAUACAACCACUAUCUUCUCCACACUAGCUUUGAUUCUUGUCAACAUUACGAUCACUUCUUCUUGUCAUCAACCAAUCCAUAGAGGUUAGUUCAAAACUUGUCUUCACUGUUUUUUACAUAUCCAUAAGUUCUUACAAGUUUUAAAGUUUACAAACCCCCUUUUGCCUUUUGUAGGAAGGAAAGAGAAAUAAAUUGCUUCAACAAUGUCUUCCUCAUCAAGUGAUGAAGUAGAUGAAGCUUUAGAAGAAAUGGUUGACCAAGUAGUUGAUAAUUUCAUCGACUCAAUAGUUGAUGGUCAAGCCAACAACCCGAAGAGACGAGCUUAUAUCGAAAGAAAUCAGGAACUUGGACACAAUCAACUAUUGAACGACUAUUUCAAGGAAAAUCCUUCAUACCCACCGGAAAUGUUUAGGCGGCGUUUUUGAAUGAACAAGCCAUUGUUCCUUCGCAUUGUCGAUCGCCUAAGUAGUGAAGUUCCAUACUUUCAGCAAAGAAGAAAUGCUCACGGAAGGUACGGGCUAUUUGCACUUCAAAAGUGUACGGCAGCUAUACGUAUGCUGACAUAUGGUCAAUCGGGAGAUACAUAUGACGAAUAUCUCCGACUUGGUGAAAGUACAUCACGUUUAUGUUUGGAAAAUUUCACUAAUGGGAUAAUACAAUUGUUUAGAGAUGAGUAUCUAAGAAGACCUAAUGAGGAUGAUCUUCAACGAUUACUCGAUGUUUGAGAGGUACGCGGGUUUCCAGGGAUGAUAGGCAGCAUCGAUUGUAUGCAUUGGGAGUGGAAAAACUGCCCAACGGCUUGGAAAGGUCAGUACACACGUGGUUCAGGAAAGACAAUUGUCUUAGAAGCUGUGGCAUCACAAGAUCUUUGGAUAUGGCACACAUUUUUCGGAUUACCAGGUACCCUCAACGAUAUCAAUGUUCUUGAUCGGUCACCAGUUUUUAAUGACAUUUUACAAGGUCGAGCACCUAAAGUUAAGUUCAAGGUCAACAACCACACUUAUUGUAUGGCCUACUACCUUACUGACGGAAUUUAUUCAAAUUGGUCAACAUUUAUCCAAUCCAUCCCACUUCCUCAAGGUCCUAAAGCAGAGCUAUUUGCUGAACGUCAAGAAUCCACCAGAAAAUAUGUCAAACGGGCUUUUGGAGUAUUGCAAUCAAGGUUUGCAAUAGUUAAAACCCCAGCUCUACUAUGGGACAAGGAAAAAAUAGGAAGGAUUAUGAGAACUUGUGUCAUAUUGCACAAUAUGAUAGUAGAGAACGAACGAGACGGAUACACUCAAAUUGAUACAUCUGAGUUCGAGUCAGGAGAGUCAAACAGAAGUUCCAAGGUGAAAAGGAGAAAAAAUUUUAAUAUCGGUAAUAGGUUAGGCAUUCGCAAUGAAGUUCGAGAUUCAGAGAAACAUGAUCGUUUGAAAGCUGAUUUAGUUGAAAAUGUAUUGAAAAAGUUUGGUAAUGUAGAUGAAUAAUCUUUGUAUGUUCAUGAAUAUUCUUAAUGUAUUGAAUAAAAACUUUUAAAAUAUUUUAAAAAUUAUUAUAUUUUAUUCAUGUAUUGUCAAUAUAUUGAAAACUUAAAAAUAUAUAUAUAUAUUAUUAUUUUAUUCUUAUGAACCUCUUCUUCAGGUUCACCAAUGCAGAAGCACAAUAGAUA